CGUCCAAACUUCCCGCUAUUCUUACCCACGAGAUGUGCAGUGGUGCCCCAUUGAACUUGUUGAACUCUGCAAGCAGCCUGGCGUCCAGCGCAAACUACGCGAGCGGUUCGUACACCUGAUGAGGUGCUGCGAUUGCAUCCCAAAGUCGUCGAACACGCCGAGGCACGCCAAUGUGUCCCGCUUCCUAUGUUCGCGCGACUCCAUCCCUCACGUUCACAAAGUGCUCAGUAGCCCAUCGAAGACGCCGUCAUGCUGCUCUCCAUCUUGUGUGCGAGCGGCACUCCGUAUCCGUGCGUUGAUAUCGUCUUCGUCUGUGCUGGCCGGAUCGACGCCAUUCCUGUCGGUUUCACGAACGCAUCCCGUGCGCUGUGCAGGGUACGACGUGGAGGAUACAACGUGAACGAGUUCCAACUGGAGCACUGGGUCGAGGAGGGAAAGCUAGGGCCAUUGGCGCGCUGAUGUUCAUGCAAAUCGGCGGA